ACCAAGCUGUGAUGGCUCUCACAAAUAUUCCAAUGUCUUGCAUUUAGUCAAAGAAACCUUGAGGACUUGGGGACGGGGCAGAAGAUUGGGAUUGGUUCGGCUAUUGAUGGUCUCUACAGAAUGCCAGUACAGGUUGCCUCUGCUUUGAUUUCAGCCACCAGUGGACAGUUAUCUGACGUGGAGGACAGAUCCGCUAUUAUGCGCUGGCACGAGAGACUUGGUCAUCUUCCUUUUCAGUUGAUUAAACAAUUGUUUCCUAAGAUGUUUCGGUCUGUUUCUUUGGACACCUUCGCCUGUGAAGUGUGUCAGUUGUCUAAGCAUGUUAGGGCCUCGUACCCUAUUUCGUUCAAUAAAACCAGCCGUCCUUUUGCUUUGGUUCACUCUGAUGUUUGGGGUCCUUCGGGAGUGCCCACCGGUCGUGGUUUUCGUUAUUUCAUGACUCUUAUCGAUGACUACUCUCGUUGUACGUUCGUGUACUUGUUGAAAGAACGUAGUGAGGUUCCCGGCAUUGUCAAAAACUUCGUUGCAUUUGUUGAAACUCAAUUCCAAACCCCUGUUCAGACCCUUCGUACUGACAAUGCUCGAGAGUAUGUCUCCUUAUCCCUUGAUGACUUCUUGCGAAGCAAAGGUAUUAUACAUGAAACAUCCUGUAGCCACACACCUCCUCAGAAUGGCGUGGCUGAAAGGAAGAACCGUCAUUUGUUAAAUGUCACCCGGGCCCUUAUGUUUCAACGUCAUGUCCCUAAGCGGUAUUGGGGUGAUGCACUUCUCACUAGUGCUCAUCUCAUUAACCGUAUGCCUACUCGUGUGUUGAAUGGUCAUUCCCCUUAUUCUGUUUUGUGGCCUAAUCAGAAUCCCUGGCCUUUGACCCCUCGGGUGUUUGGGUGUGUUUGCUUUGUCCAUGAUCAUAGUCCCACUCUCAAGAAACUUGAUCCUCGGUCCAUCAAAGCGGUCUUUUUGGGUUAUUCCUCCACUCAGAAGGGAUACAAGUGUGUUGACCCUAGCACUUCUAGAGUCUAUGUCUCCAGGGAUGUUACCUUUCAUGAACACGAGGCCUACUUUCCUGCGAAUCCUCUUCAGGGGGAGUGUUUAGGUGAGAGAGUGGACGAGUAUUCUUCGCAUCAGUUGAUUCAGUUCACAGAUUUCUUGGAUUACACGGCUAGUUCUCCGAGUGUGAGUGUGGAUGACACAGUCAGUGAGGACAGAGACAGUCAGAUGGAAGGGGGCCCUGUGGAAGAACAGUCCCGUGAUCAUUUGUUUGGUCAGGUAUACACCAGGAAGAAGAAUGAUGUGAUGGAGGUUGUUGAUGUUACCAAUCCCGAUCUUGUGAGCUCCCCGGAUGAUCCAAGUCCAAUGAAUGAAGAUCUUCCCAUAGCCCUACGCAAAGGCACCAGGUCAUGUACUUCUCACCCUAUUCAGAGAUUUGUCUCGUAUGCUAAACUCAGUAAAGACUACAAGUGCUUUAUUACCUCUUUAUCUAGGGCUGUUAUUCCCAGGUCAGUGGAGGAUGCCAGGGAGGAUCCCAAAUGGCUACAGGCCAUGACAGAGGAGAUGGACGCCCUGGCAAAGAACAAUACGUGGGAGGUUGUUGAUAUUCCUAAUGGAACUCACUUAGUUGGUUCCAAGUGGGUGUUUACUGUGAAGUACAAACCUGAUGGCACUGUAGAACGCUAUAAAGCUCGUCUUGUUGCAAAGGGGUUUAGCCAGAAAUAUGAGAUUGACUAUCUUGAGACGUUCGCUCCCGUUGCUAAACUGAAGACAGUAAGGGUCAUCUUAGCUCUGGCAGUACAAAAGAAGUGGAGCAUGGACCAACUUGAUGUCAAGAACGCCUUCUUGAAUGGGCACCUUGAGGAAGAAGUCUAUAUGAGCAUGCCGCCUGGAUAUGCGCAGAAAGGAAAGUGUUGUUAUCUCAAGAAAGCAUUGUAUGGCCUCAAGCAGUCCCCUAGAGCGUGGUUUGAAAGACUAAGGGUUGUGAUGAAGACUAAUGGAUAUAAACAGGGAAAUGGUGAUCACACCCUCUUCAUCAAGCAGAGAAAUGGUCUGGUGAGCCUCCUACUAGUAUAUGUUGAUGAUAUGAUUGUCACAGGUGAUGACGAAGAAGAAAAAAGGAAGAUGAAAGAAACGUUAGCUGCUGAAUUUGACCUCAAAGAUUUGGGUAAACUGAGGUAUUUUUUGGGAAUUGAGAUUGCUAGAUCUGAGACUGGUCUUGUUAUGAGCCAAAGGAAAUACACUUUGGACCUUCUAAAAGAGACAGGUAAACUGGGAUGCAGGCCCUUUCUUACUCCAAUGGAGUCUGGCACAAGGAUAAGUAUCAAAACUGGGACGAUCUUGGAUGAGGAAGGAAAAGGGAGGUAUCAGCGGCUGGUUGGUAAACUCAUUUAUCUCACCCUUACUCGCCCGGAUAUUACGUAUGCUGUGGGUGUGUUAAGUCAGUUUAUGCAUGCCCCUACUGAUUGUCAUUGGAAAAGUGCUGAAAGAGUAUUGGGAUACUUAAAGAAUGACCCAGGGAAAGGACUGCUCUAUACUCGACAAAGUCAACUCAGUAUUGAAGGAUACUCUGACGCCGACUGGGCAGGUUGCACAGAUACUAGAAGGUCUACCACAGGAUACUGCAUCUUUCUUGGAGGUAACCUGGUGGUAUGGAGAAGUAAAAGACAAGAAGUUUGUUCCAGGUCCAGUGCUGAGGCUGAAUACAGGGCGGUUGCCAUGGGGGUUACAGAAAUGUUAUGGCUCAAAAUUCUGUUAGCAGAUAUUGGGGUGAAAAUGGAAGAGAAGAUGAGGAUGUAUUGUGACAACAAGUCGGCUAUUAACUUGGCAAACAAUCCAGUCUUGCACGACAGAACCAAACAUGUGGAGAUCGAUCGCCAUUUCAUACGGGAACGCAUAGAUUCUAAGGAGUUGAUCCUGCCCUACAUGAAGUCUGAAGAUCAAGUUGCUGAUGUUUUAACUAAGUCUUUAUGUACAUCUCAAUUUGAGAAAAAUGUUAGCAAGCUUGGCAUGUUUGACAUGUAUGCCAAGCUUGAGGGGGAGUGUUAAAAUAGGUGUAAUGGGGAACCGGGUCCAUUUCUGGACCCGGUCCCAUGGGGCACGGGUACCGAUGCCGGCUCGGUACCCUAGGCGGCAUUCUUCUCUCCCUCCUAUAUAAUCUUCACUUAAGUGUAAUUGUGUGAUUAAGUGAAUAUAAUUUUCUCUCUCCUAGGGUUGCGGUGUGCACCUAGGUCAGAGCUUCCCGUGGUUUUUUCCUCUUUCUGAGGUUUUUCCACGUAUAUCGUGUGUUCCUCUCUUCUUCUUUCGUGUGUUGCAUGUUUCUACACACCUUAAUAAUGUAAAAUGACCUUUUUGCUCUCCUGCGGGCCACCUUGUCAAUGCCUGUCAAAACAAUGGAGUUAUCUGUGUCACACGGACUAUUCAAAAAAGGGGCAGCACCUGCGUCAGCACGACGAGGAUGCGGCUCUGACACACACGCCAAUGCAUCCUCUCCUAUUCAUGUUCAAAAUUUUGUCCAUUUUUCUCUCUCUCUCUCUCUUCCCUCUCUUUCUUUAUUUACAGUAAUAAAAGUAAAAAAAAUGACAGAUUAAGCUAAGAAACAACCAUAUAAUUAUGUAUAUAUAUUAUAUAUUAUGAGUUAUGACUAAAUAUAUAUAUAUAUAUAUAUAUAUAUAUAUAAUAAAUUUAUAUAUAUGUACCCUCGCCACACCCCCGCACCCGUUUUUUGGGAUGUGCUGCAUCCGCACCUGCACCCAGCACUCAUGUCCCAUAAGGAGUUAUAGCAGAAUCGAUGAUGGAACAGUUAUUGCCUUUUGUUGAUCGCCCACGUGGGCUUUCUUCCUUCUUUCUCAUAGUUUGUUAGUGCGCCAUAUCAUUUGUUCAUUCACUUAAAAGUUAGAACAGGUAACAAUCAAUCAGAUCCCAAGUUAGGUUCACUCUCGUCUACUUCUUGGUGAACAGAAAGUUCUCCAGAAUGGCUGAAAAAUCCUGCUUAUGAUUGUAAAUCUUCGAAAUUUCCUUUUCCUUUCUUAACCUGUUCACGAAAUUUUAAAUAUUUGGAGUUGCUAGGAUUUUUCUUUUCAUUGGAGAAAUAUCCUCCAAAUCUUCCUCAAUUUUAUGGAUUUAAGAGUUCAUGCUUUAGAGCUUUUGUGAUUCUUUGUUGAAGUGUUUAGGAGAUUUGAGAAGCUCAGUUUGAUCUCCUUUCCGUGGCUGUCUUAUGUUCUAGAACUCUUGUUUGGUUCGUUUAUAAGCACUGGUUGUCACCAAUCUUUGUGGGUGCCACUUGCAUUUAAAUUCCUUUUAAUGACAAAUGGAU